AUGUCUUCCACACGCGUUAAAUGGAUGUGGAAUUCCAGCGCAAAUCCAUCCUCAAAGUCAACGCCAGUUAGUUGGCGUUACUAUUCAGAUGUCGAAAAUGAAAUGAUUGAAGAAGCAUUUGCAGCUGGUGAAACUUAUGCUUUGUUGGAUGAUUAUCACGUCGAUUUUAAGCACAAUCUUCAAAUUUCUAACAAUGACCAAAACAAACAACGACCAGUCAAGCGAAAAGUAUACUGUAAAGACGAAAGAAUUCUCCGAGAGGAUAGGUUUUUACCCAAUCCUAUUGCUCCCGAUAUUCCUUUCGGUGGUAGCUAUGGUUUUAUUUCACCUUUCAUAAAAGAAACAGCAAAACAUCUAAACAUUACCAGCGACGAAUUACCUACCAAAAAUGAGUCAGUUGUUCCAGUGAUCGUAGAAAAAGCCGCUUUAGGCAUUGUUGAAGAAGGUAUAAAAUUGGGGAAGAAACGCGAAGCAGAGAAAAUGGCAAAGGAAUUACGGGCGAAGAAAAAUCUCGCAAUGAAAGAAGUUUGGAGUUGUUGUGCGCAUCUUUAUACUUUAGAAAGCUUUUUAUACAAAAAAAUAAAUGAAAUUAUGCGAUUAAUAGGAAGUAAACAACACGAACAAGUAUGGCGAAGUAAAAUCAGCACAUUAGGUCCAUUCUGUCUGCUCCUAUGGGACAAUCCCUUCGACAGUAAAAUGAUCAAACCGGGUACAAUAUUGUAUCGUGGAGCGAAUCUACCUGAUCAUUUGAUUACAUCAUUCAACGAGGAGUGUUCGAAAGAUCCCAAGCCAUGGCAUACUUUUCAAGCAUUUACUUCAUGUUCUCGCAAUCGGAGCAUAGCGAAGAACUUCGGCAACGUCUUAUUUGUUAUGAAAACUCGUAUCGCUUUUACUGUCGAUCUUAGUUCGUUAUCGGCAUAUGCUCAUGAAGAAGAAGAGCUAUUACUGCCCGGUGUUUCUUUUAUAAUUGACCGAAUAAAGUUUAAGAAAAAACACGUCAUCUAUCUAACACUUCAACAACGACAUAACAAGUCAGAACUUCAUCAUCUCGAUACUUUCAACCAACCAGAUUCAGAUGAUGAUGCUGAUCUUGAUGAAGAUGCUGAUGCUGCUCUUGAUACUGCUCGUGCUGCUGAUGCUCGUCGUGCUGCUCGUCGCACUCUUGGUGGUCGUCUUCGUUCUACAGCUAGUCGUAUUGGACGUCGUUUGGGUCGUCAUUUUGGUCGUGAUAGUAGUAGUGAUAGUAGUGACAGCGAUUCUCUUGAUUUUGAAGGCAAUUUUUUUGAUUAUUUUGAUGAUGCUGCUGUUUUUACUCACGACCGUUAUGGUUCUGAAUAUGAAUGGGAGUGA